UUUUUUUGGGAACUUUAGAGGCAAAAAUUGGAUUUCGAGUUGUAUAUAUAAGGUCAAGUCUUUCCAAUUUUUUCAUCAAAGUAGGCGAAGUGUCUCACUGAUUAUAUAGAAUUUGAAGAAAGGAUCUGAGAAAUGGCAAAGGAAGCAUCUAAUGGAGAGAACCAUGUAAAUACAAAACCACCUCCAGAGCCAUCGCCAUUGCGAAAAGCAAAAUUUUUUCAGGCUAACAUGAGAAUCCUGGUUACUGGUGGCGCUGGAUUCAUUGGCUCUCACUUAGUGGAUAAACUGAUGCAAAAUGAGAAGAAUGAGGUGAUUGUUGUUGAUAACUAUUUUACCGGCUCAAAGGACAAUUUGUCUCAGUGGAUUGGUCAUCCGAGAUUUGAGCUUAGACGUCAUGAUAUCACAGAGCCAUUGUUGAUUGAAGUUGAUAAGAUAUACCAUCUUGCAUGUCCUGCUUCCCCCAUCUUUUACAAAUACAACCCUGUGAAGACAAUAAAGACAAAUGUGAUUGGUACUCUCAACAUGUUGGGCCUUGCCAAGCGAGUGGGAGCGAGGAUUUUGCUGACAUCGACAUCUGAGGUUUAUGGAGAUCCUCUUGUGCAUCCUCAGGACGAAACCUAUUGGGGCAAUGUCAACCCUAUAGGAGUACGGAGUUGUUAUGAUGAGGGAAAAAGAGUCGCUGAAACUUUGAUGUUUGAUUAUCAUAGGCAGCAUGGAAUUGAAAUACGUAUUGCAAGGAUCUUCAACACUUACGGACCCCGCAUGAAUAUUGACGAUGGUCGAGUUGUCAGCAAUUUUAUAGCCCAAGCAAUUCGUGACGAGCCUUUGACUGUCCAGUUGCCUGGAACACAAACAAGAAGCUUUUGUUACGUCUCUGACAUGGUUGAUGGUCUAAUUCGACUAAUGGAAGGAGAUCAUACUGGGCCAAUUAACAUUGGGAAUCCAGGUGAAUUUACAAUGCUUGAGCUUGCUGAGACUGUGAAGGAGAUGAUCAACCCAAAAGUGAAAAUCAUUACUGUGGAGAAUACUCCAGACGAUCCUCGCCAGAGAAAACCUGAUAUAACCAAGGCAAAGGAGUUACUUGGCUGGGAACCAAAGGUCAAGUUGCGCGAUGGCCUUCCCCUCAUGGAGGAUGAUUUCCGCAAGAGGAUUGGAGUCCCGAGGAAGUGAAGUAUACUGGUUUAGCAUGGAAAUUUUCAUUCAUCCUGGACUUCUAAGAGAUGCUUUUAUUUGGCACUAUACCUUCCUUUUUGCCCUUUCGUUUACUAAAAAUAUAUUUUUUUGGUGUUUCCAUCAUUUGUGGUUAUUAUUUUCGUGUAUAGACGGGCAAACAUGUCCUCUUUUUGAAACUUGAAUUUUUGAUGUUUAUGAUACAUCUGAGUUCUUUUUUGGUUAAUAUUUUGCAAUCUGGAAUUGCCACCAAUAAGGUUUCAUAUGGGUAAAUUCAAUUUCAGUUACAGAGGAAUAGGAACUGAGUUAUAGAGGGAAUAAACUUAUCCUCUGGUUUGUUCUCA